AAUGGUAGUACACUUAAUUCAAAUGACAUUUUGUUGAGAUAUUAUUGACAUAAGAUGAUAUAAGGAUCCAUAAAUGCUUACCUGCACAACGGCCUAAGACAUCAGAUUUCUUACCAACAGGAAUAAUUUCUUCAUUUUCAUUUGUAAAGCUUUUUCCCCAGCUAAAGAAAAAUCGCAAUGGGCAACUGGCAAUUAGAAGUUAUGAAAAUGGCUGUAUACCUCUCAUUUCCAGUAGCAUGUUUCCAUUAUUUCAAUCAACCUGCACUUUUUGAAGAAUGGGUCACUCAUGUAAAGAGAGAAAUGUACCCUCCAGAAAACGCGAGCCAUCGGGAACAAAUUGAAAAAAUUAAGAAUGUUAUGCAAGAAAGAUAUGAGCAACAAAUGUUGGAAAACCUGAAAGCCGAAAAAAAAAUGCAAUAAAGUCAAAGAAAAUCAACUAACUCAAUAUUGAAUA